UUUUCAGAAACCAUUCAUUACUGUACGAAAAGAAAGAACCAACCUUUCACCUUGAUCAUCAUCCUUUCACACGCUCGAGAAUCCCACACGCUUAAAGACCACGCCUUUCCUCUACUUCUGAUUCACAUUUGCUCAGUGUGAAGAAAUUGAGCUCUGUUUUCCGUUUCAAUCUUUAGGGUUGUGAAGAAGUCUGAUGACGGAAGCCGGAGCGGGUUUUAACCGGAUCCGGGCCGGGUUCCGGGGGCUAAUGGAGCUGGCGAAGAAGCUGGAAGGGGAAGACAUGAAGCUGCGGCGUGAUUUGGAAGCGAAAGCGAUGGAGAUUGAAGAAGGUAAGAGCCAGCUGAACUUGCUUAAAUUAAAGAUUGAGGAAAAGAAUAGAGAGGUUUGUGAUAGAGAGAAGCGGAUUGAGGAGCUUGAGAAGAUGGUUAGGGUGAAUGAUGAUGUGAAGUUGAGAGUGGAGGAAUUGAAGGGUUUAGAGGAGACGAUUGCGAAAUGUGAUGAGGAGGUGAGGUUGAAGAAGGGGAGGAUUAGUUUGAUUCAGAAAUCGAUGAUGCAAUGCUCGUAUGCGUUGGAAGCGAGGGAGGAGAAGAUCAGGGAGAGUAAUGUGGCCUUUGGUUUGGUGAAGAAGGCUAUGGAGGAGUGGUGCUGUAAAGUUGAGAUGAAGGAGAGGGAGCUAGAGGGGUGUGUGGCGAAACUGGAAUUGAAAGAGGAAGAAGUGGAGAAGAAAAUUGAGGAACUUGAGUUGAUUGAGAAGAGGGUCAAGGAUUGCCUGGAUGAUGUGGAGUUGAGAGUAGAGCAUUUUGAUUCGGUUGAAAAAUCGAUACAGGAAGAGAGACAGCAGUUGGAUGCACUGCAAGAGGCGGUGCGUGAGGGCGAAAGGAAUUUGGAUUCAGUUCGAAAGGCAGCAGAGGAGCGUGAGAAGGUUUUGGACUCGGUAGGCCAGGGACUUGAAAUGAAAGAUAGGGAACUCGAAGAGCAGGCCAAUGAGCUUGAGUUUAAUGAGAGACUAGUUGAAUUGAGAGUUGAGGAAGUUAAUUCAAAGGAUAAGAGGGUCAAUGAACGCCUCAAUGAGGUUCAAAUGAAGGAAAAUUUUUUGGAAUUAUUUGAAAAAUCAAUACAAGAGGACAAAGACCAUUUGGAUUUGGUCCAAAAGUUGGCAGCAGAGCGUGAAAAGCAGUCAGAUUCACUCCAAACAACGGUGCUAGAUCGUGAAAAUAAUUUGUUUUCACUUCAAAAAUCGGUGCAAGAGCGUGAAAAAAAGUUGGAUUCACUAUCCGAUGGACUUCAAAGGAGAGAAAGGGAACUUGAAAAGCAGGCCAAAGAGCUUGAAUUGAAGCAGAAACAAUUUGAUUCUCAAAGGAAGGCUAAGCAUUUGGAACCUACCCCUGCUGCUAAAAAUGCUAGUGUUGUUUCAUCUACAAGGGAUCAAUCCUGGAUCAACAUGGAUGGUAGAAGCUUACAGUUGGUCAUGAAUGAGCAAGUGGAAAAAAUUGACUUGACAGGUAGCCAAAUGUCAGCUGUUCUACAAGCAUCAUCAGACCCGGCAAAAUUGGUUUUGGAUGCAAUGGAAGGGUUUUAUCCGUCAAAUCUUACUGUCGAAAACAGAGAGUUUGAGUCACAUUUGAGGGUCGUAAGAAAGAGUUGUAUUCUUUUGCUACAGGAGUUAAAGAGAAUGUCACCACUAAUUAAUCCUCAGGUGAGAGAAGAAGCAGUGAAAUUGGCAGCUGAUUGGAAAGAGAAGAUGGCAGUUACCACUGAUAAUAGUUGGGAGGCUUUGGGCUUUUUGCGGCUUAUCACUACGUAUGAAUUGACAAGUAUUUAUGAUUUGAGGGAGCUUCGAAGUGUUCUUGCUAUGGUUUCUCAGCCAGAACAAGCUGCUGAAUUAAGUAGGGCACUUGGUAUCACAGAUAAGGCACCUGGGACGAAUGUUGUUUCUUCCAUUGUCAAGACUGAGCGAUCAGAAUCUUCGCUGGCUAGAAAUGAAGCAACUCUUUCUCCUCCGAAUAAAUAUUUACAGAAUGAAGGGAUUGUUUCUCUUCCUUCCAUUGCCAAGACUGAGGGACCCAAAUCUUUUGGGGCCAGAUUUGCAGCAACUCUUUCUUCACCAAAUAAUGCUGAGGGACCAGAAUCUUCGCUGGCUAGAAAUGAAGCAACUCUUUCUCCUCCGAAUAAAUAUUUACAGAAUGAAAGGAUUGUUUCUCUUCCUUCCAUUGCCAAGACUGAGGGACCCAAAACUUUUGGGGCUAGAUUUGCAGCAACUCUUUCUUCACCAAAUAAUGCUGAGGGACCAGAAUCUUCUCUCUCUAGAAAUGCAGCAACUCUAUAUUCACUGAAUAAUGCUUUACAGAAAAAUCUGUUGGUCACUCUUAAAUCAUCAUCAGACCCUGCAAAACUUGUGUUGGAUUCGAUGCAAGGGUCUUUGACGUAUUACUGGAGAAAUGGAGAUGUUAGUUCCAAAGAAAAGGUUGUAUCUGGAAAUAUUACUCUAUUGAAGAUUCUAAUGGGACUAUCAACACAUGUUGGACCUCAUCUGAAAGAAAAUGCAACAAAUCUAGCAUCCCAGUGGAAAGAAAAGUUGAGUGCUGAUACUGUAGAUUCAUCGGAGAGUUUGGGAUAUUUGCUGUUUAUAGCUAUGUAUGGAUUGCUUGGAACCUUACAUGAAGAUGAGAUUGUAAUGCUUCUUAGAAGGGUUUCGCAGCAUAAGCGGUCUCUGGAGUUAUGUCAGACACACGGUUUUGCAAAUUAUAUCCCUGGUUUUAUACAGAAGCUUAUUGAAAGGAAACUACUGAUGGUGGCUGUUAGAUUUAUUUGUGCCUUCAAAUUAUUUGACAAGCUCCCCCCAGUGCCACUCUUAAAAGAACAUGUGGAUGAUGUAAUGAUGUGUUCCAAAGUAAUUUGCAGGUCACAGAUGAUACCUGAUGAAAAGGAUAAGGCUCUGGAUGGUAAAAUAUCUGAUCUCAGAGCUGCCAUUCAAUGCAUCAAAGAUUACAACCUCGAGUCUGAAUACCCGUCCAAGACUGUUGAAUUGCAAAUAGUUCAGCUUGAAAUGCUCAAGGAAAAAUGGAGAAGUUUGGAACCAUCUCUGGUACCCAAAGUUGAACAAGAAGAGAGAAAAAGGAAGAAGCCUUGUACUAGGUCUUCUGCCCCAAAGUUACAACCACGAAAGGUGCCGAAAAUAAAAUUCGUCUUCAGUGGUUCGAGACCUUAAUGUGAAGCUCCACUCGUCCGAACUAUGAAGGAACUGCUUUACAUUGUAAUCCGGGGGUACCCUUUCCCUCUGCAAAUUGGUGAAGAUAGUCUACCAUGCACUCCUAAUUGCAUUCAUGACACAGCUUUUAGGAAAAGCUCUUGUAUUUUGACUGAACUGUUGGUAGAAACUAGAAAGUAGAGACCCUUGAC